AUUUUCUAUAAAAUUCUCUCUAUUGUGUCUUGAUAAAUCUUAAUAAAGAAUUUAAUAAACUCGAGCUAAAUAAUUACCUGAGAUUUGAAAAUCAGUUGAAAAGCAAAAGCAAACUUGAGCGAACCUUUCAAUGGAUAGAUGUUUUUGGAUCCAGCAUUCUCUGAUGAACCGAAAUUAAAUUCAAUAACCGUGUUGAAAUCUCAAUCUAAUUUAAAAGUUAAAUUAAGAAACUGUUACUGUUACGCUGAAUUUUAACCAUGCACUUGGUAUCAUUUUUCUGCAGUUUCCUGCUUUUCUCAACAUCCUUGGCUGAAAUCGUUGAACUGUUGGGCAAGACAGACUUGACUCAGUGGAGUCCAGAACACGUGACUGGAAGGAGCAGAAAUGGGUUCUUCUAUAAUCAGUCUCGGCCUCUUGUCUGCGACGUCGGAGAUGACCUCCGCAACUUCCUUCUGUCCCCAACCAUUAACCUCCUACAAGCAACCACCCUCUGGAUAUCUCUCAGGUACAAAAUUACACCAUGCGAGGAUCUCCGUGCGCAGUAUGGGAGAAAAUGCACAGAGCACCUGGACAUACAUCUAAUACCAGUAGAAAAAGGGAUCUGGGGAGACGAUGAGUCAAAAGCCGCAGUAAAGGAGGAUGGAACUACAGGUUCUUCAGCAGCAUCAUUCAACUAUCACCAACUGGAAGACACAAAGACAAAGAUCGGUUCCGUGGUGACCAGAGGAGACACUGUGACCAAAUUCGAGAGCCAAGUGGACCUAUCUCGGUUCUCAUUUUUAUCCGAGCACUCAGAGUUUGCGAGGGUUGUGGUUGAGGACUCAGGUAGCUGUGCGGAGAUACACGACUUCUCUGCCUCUUACAGAAGAUGUCCACAGGUAGUUCGAGCACAGGCGUUGUUCAACGAGACUGCGGCACCCUUCGUGCCUAAGCAUCCAGUGACAGGUACAUGCGUUAGGGGAGCAGAGGGAAAAUAUGCCCCCACAUUCAGCUGCAAGUCGGAUGGAGAGUGGGACGAAAAGGAACAAGUUCUGGAUCUGUGCCAGUGCAACAAAGGGUUCCAACCAUCUGGACACAGCUGUCAAACAUGUACUCCCGGAAAUUUCAAAGAGGAAAGAGGCAACAAGCCGUGCGUCUCGUGUCCCCUCAACUCUUACACUAGACAAUUUGGAUCCCAGUUCUGUCCUUGCAAAGCCAACUACUACAGGGCACCUGAUGAACCACAUUCUCUUGCUUGUGGACGGGCUCCUGGAGUCCCUCGAAACGUAUCCGCAGUCGUACGAGGCACUCGUGUAACAUUAACAUGGCAGCGUCCUGAAGACGACGGCGGAAGAUUCGAUAUAUGGUACUCGGUGCAAUGUGCAACAUGCAAGCAGAACCCAGGACAGUCUUCCAAAUUGAUCACCCCCUCGUACAACAAGGGAGAGGUGCGAGGGCUCUCUGUGAAUGUGACUAACUUGCACCCUCAUACGGACUAUAUGUUUCACGUGUCUGCCCAUAAUUCGCUGUCUCCGCAUGUGUCUAGCAGUGUGUCAUUUGCACAGGUCACCUUCAAAACAGCCGAGAACCCCCAGAUCGAGAUCACACACAGUGGAAUAGUGGGUGGGGGCGGAGUGGUGCUCAAGUGGCAGCCCCCCACACUCCAGCCUGAUGACCCCUCUUCUUCAAAUUCGCCCGAGUAUAGGGUUCUGAGAGUACACAGGGGUCAGCCAAACUACGUGUACACCACAGACACCAAGUUCAUGUUCAAAGGACUUGAGAAGGGCCUUCAUGAGUUCAGAGUAUCAUUCAGCGAUGGAUCUCACCCCAGUAGAACCGUUCAACUGGAGAGCCAAGGCGGUCCUUCCACUCGUCGCGAGGAAGAAUACAAACGACUAGUGUUCACAGUAGGCGUGGUCUUAACAGUCAUCCUCAUCCUGGUCGUAGCCUGUCUAGCGGCCGUCUGCUGCUACCGAAAAACUACCCACACCCACCAUCACAGCCAGUAUAUGUACCAACAGCAACAGUACCCCUAUAUGACGAAAGACAAAGAUCUGGAUCUACUAAAUGCCACUUUGAAAAUGGGCAACCCGAAUGACUUUUCGGUGUCGCCAUUCAGCACUAAUAAUUUUUACAGCAAGAUGUCCAUGUCUGGAACAGGUAGUGGAGAUAUACAACAGCAGAGUGAACCGGUAGGGGGCUGUUUCGUGGACCCCACCCAGGCUGACCCAGGAUGUGCGGAACAGUUGCUGGCCGAGUGUGGGGUGAGACAACUGCGAGAGGAAGCACUCACAAUUCCAACACAGUCGGACUACUCUGCGUGCGAAUUAAAUGGUUCGUUUGGCUUCCUCAAGGGAUCUCUGCUACAACGAGGAGCUGACGCAGAAACUGUCCAAGUGCAAGUUCUGAUCAAACGAGGAUCCUACUCCUACCUGCAAGGAACCCUCCACGCUCAGAGAGGUGACCUAGAGAGGGGAGAAAAGGUCAAGGGUGGCAUGUGCGCCGAGGAGUUGUACGUGGAUAGACGGACUCUGCUCAAUGAAGUGUCGAUAGCGGCUCAGUUGUCAUAUGACUGCAAUGUUCUCAAGCUCUACGGCAUAGUUAGAAACGACUUCCCAGAAGUAGCAGUGUACGAGCAUGUAGAGACAACUCUGGAAUGGGCCCUUCGCAACAACACUCUGUGGCAACAGCAGAAGAACAGCCGAUUCAAUGCUGGCAGUGCAGGCACCCUUUCUCGUUCCUCGCUCGCGGAACAGCAACAGCAGAUGUCCACUCUGACUUCCGCCAGGUGUUCGCCAGAAGUGCACGUGAUGAGAGGAGUGGCAGCUGGCAUGCAGUAUCUGGCUGAACUGGGAUAUACACACAAGGUUCUGCGCAGUCGCAACGUGUAUCUGACGGAGGAAGGGUCACCCAAGAUUGCUGGAUUCGACCACCGAGCUCUGCUGGACGAGGAGCUGCUAGAUGCUACCAUCGAAACCAAAGAGCUAUGGCUUGAAAUGUUGCCUUGGUUCGGACCGGAAGUCCUAGACUGCGGCAAGUUUUCUCCCUGCAGUGAUGUUUGGUCCUUUGGAGUCCUAAUGUGGGAAGUGGUGUCCAGAGGCGACAGACCCUGGGCUGACCUUUACCCUGAACAGAUCCAGCGAGCAGUCCUCUGUGGCCAACCACUCCCAGUUACACAUACGCCAUGUCCCCUGGCUCUGUAUUCGCUUAUGCUGCAGUGCUGGCAACCGCAACCCCAUCAGAGACCUAGUUUUGCGUUUUUAAGCCAGAGUUUGUGCCAUUUGGUAAAACAGAGGGACUCUUUGGCUCAGCAAGUCAACACAGCUGCAACAAUCAGCAGCAGUGCCAACUACUUCCCUCUCCCCCCCACAAAUGGAUCCAAUGAACCCCUGGGGUGGGGCUGGGGCUGGACUGUAGACCAGUGUCUUGCUCAACUCCAACUGUCCCAGUACUCUGGAUGCUUCCGACAGCACGGACUACACCUGUUGGCUCAACUUUUACAAGCCAGAGUUGAUCACACUGGAUUGAAGAAAAUUGGUUUGCAUAGUGGUCGACACCGAAGACGUCUCAUCAAGUACCUUGCCAGUGUCAGUCAACAACAACAACAGCAUCAACAAAAUCAACAACAACAUGACAUUGAAAGUGACACUGGAAGUGGUCAAAAUACUGUCAAAGUGGCCAUGAGGUUAAACCCAGCAGUCAGUGUGUUGUAGAUAAAGUAAAAGGAUAAUAAAUUAUUCCACAUGAGAAGUAGUUAUAGAAUUGAAUAAUGUUGGGUGUAGCAACGAAAUGUAAAAUUAGAAUUUUUAUGAAAUAAUCGUAUCUACUGUACAGUAAAAGUGCAAUAAAA